AUGGGGCAACAAGGGAAGGCCUUUCACCAAUGGUUUCUGCAAGGUCUGUGGGGCAGUGCUGCAGUUCAAGUCUCAAAGAGCAUCACACUAUAAGAUAGACAGGAAUGGAAUAUUGGAGAAUUCCAGAUACUGCAGUCUCUGCUGUGUGUGUUUUACUUCCCCAGUUGUUGUUUUAUCUCACUACUUGGGAAGGAUCCAUGCUGAGAAGCUGAAGCAAUUAUCAGGAGACUCUUUCCAGAAGUCAUCAGCUGAGAAGCCCUUGCUGUCUUCAACAGCUGAAGAGUCUUCAUCCUCCAACACAAGGUUGAAGCUAAAUGAUUCAUACAACUACUGCAAGCUUUGCUGUGUAAUCUUCAAUAAUCCACUUGUGGCCCAGGAGCAUUACCGUGGUAAGAAAGACAGAAGAAAUGAAGCAAGGAAAAAGAUAUUGGAGAAGCUAGGAGACAAAUCUGUCCCUGCAGAAUCCAGCACAAAUGGUUGCUUCUUUUCAGCAGUUGGGGUUGGUUAUUAUGUGUGCCUUCUGUGUAAUGUCAUAACUGCAUCUAUGGGAGUGUACCAGUCCCCUCUGCAAGGAUAUAAGCACUGGAUUAAGCCAGCUGAUAAGUCUUUUGUUACUAUUCCUCUGUGGUUUGAACUUCCAGACUUUUUCAUCAGCCCUGUUGUCUGCUAUACUGUAAAGAAGAGCAAGCACCUGAGGUGGCCACCAUCAGAGAUAAGAGCUUCAGCCUGCCAGCUGCAGAAUCUGAAGACUUCUACCAGUUUCUCCAGAAAAGAACAGAAAUUUCAGAUAAAACAUUCUGAGGAGGAAAACUACACCAGUGAAGAGAAAGAAGCCACAAAGCAAAAAAGGAACAAAAAUAGUGAAAGUGCAGAUUUUGGAAAGGAAAAUGAGAAGGAAAAGAUAAUUAAAUUUGAGAUAGACUUGGUAAGUGAGAAGAAAUCAAGACCUUAUAAAAACAAAAGACUUAAAGGAAACCCCACUGAGAAAAAGAGCAAAAAGGAUAAAAAGAAGCCACAGACAGAUGGCAAAAGAGAAGAGGAGCUACUUUGGGCUGAAUCUGUCCAGAGAUAUUGA